GUACUGCAACCCUAUCUAAUUUUGCUUUACUGCAGCUACGGUAGUUGAUUCCGAAACGCACCCAGAUAAUGCUAAAAACCAACUGCAGGAAGUAAUUGAAACAAUCGAACCUAUCAAUCUAACAUAUUUUUUCAAGAUGUGACUUUACCCUCUCAACACGAAGAAGAUACGAAAAUCCCUCGAAAUCCACAAAAAUGGAGAAAAUAAUCCCCAUAAACUGGUUGAACAAGCUCCUCCUGAUCCUCAGCAUCGUCACAGCUAUGGUCUGCCUGAUCCUCGAGCAGUGGUUCUCCUUCACGAGCCUCCCCAUCUACAUUCCCUUGAUGUGGUCCCUCAUCCUGAUAACAGUCUCUACCUGGCUGAGCUGUAUCAUUUUAAAAUACACCCUGAAAGCCACAGCCCCCUUGAACAUUGAGCCCCUCACAAAAUGGUUAAAAUCCCGCCUGCAAUGCACCCCCACAAAGCCUUCCCAUCACCACAAAAUCCACGAUUCAACAAUCUCAAAACUGAUCUCAGAGAUCGACGAAAAAUACAUAGCCACCUGGUACGACAGUAUAACCCCCGAGAAAACCUUCAGGAACGAGUCUAAACACCUCCUGAAGCAGCUCUUCAGAAAGAUCUCGAGGAAACUGUCGCGAGUCAGCGAGAUUCGUUUGACCCAUAAGCUGACAGACGUUUUACUCCUCCAUCUAAAAGAAUAUCGAAGAUCAUUGAGAAGAAUCGAGAAAGGAAGCUCCAAGGACCUGGAGGAAGCUUACAGGUGUUCGCAUCCCGGGUCCAGGUCGUCAGUAGCCCUAGAGCACACUCUCCACCGAAUGGUGACUCUGAUUGCGAGAGAAUUCCUUCAGUGGGAGCUCGCCAGCUCCCUCCCCUGCAAACUCCUACUCUCGGUGCUAGCCAAACGUCUCCUGAAGAUGAUCAGCGAGUUCAGCAACCCCCAGAUACUCUUCACCCAUAUUAUCAAGCUCUUGAAAUCAUCAGAAUCAUCAAAACCAUCGGAAAAGAGGAACGGAGUUAUCUCGAAGGCCCUGGUAGGAGGAAUGGCAUCAGUGACCGCUCCAGUGAUCCCCAGACCGUUUGAAGAAGCUACUCCAACGUUUGAGAUAACCGCACCUAACGGGGGUGUUGAUCCUUCCUCUGAAAGAUCAGAAUUAUCUCUGGAGGGGUUGUCAUCUCCAAAGGGUCUCUGGGCGGAAGAAGCUGAGGAUCCUGAGGAUGACGGAAUCUCCCCAAUUUACGAAGAACCUACAGAUUUCGCCACGACGAUCGCUAGAUUGAGAAGUCUCCUGCAGCAAAAGUCUUCGGCGACAACUCCUCAACCCGAAGAGAAGUCUCACGUUUUUUAUGAAGGAAAUCAGUUUAGUAAUUUAGCUAUCCCUUGGACGGAGUUCUGCACUGCUCCUGACGGCUCUCAGCAGCUUCUGUAUUGCAUUCAGUUCGAUGAUAUUGAACAGCAUGGAGAGGAUUUAUUUGAAACGACUACUGCAACGACCAGAAGGCAGUAUUCAGACUUCGUGCAGCUGCAUACGACUCUUGAGGAGGUUCCGGAGUAUUCUGGGGUAAUUUCGGAGAUUAAAUUGCCUGAUGGGGGGAGGGUGGAGAUGGAGAAUUAUCUGAGGGUGCUGUGUGGGAGGCUGGGCGAAUCCGGGCAACUGAGGCAUUUUCUGAGGCCUAGCAGUGGAGGCGGUAAAAAGGCUGAUGCUGUGGCACCCAGGCUGGAUAGGUUCCUCGCGAAAACUGUAACUGGAGUGUUCAACACCUUGAGGACAGUCGUUCCGGGGUUCGAGAUGGAGGAGGAAGAGGUGCCAUUACCCACCCUAAUGCCCCUCGCCGACAUUCCCUGGAGGUUCGUCGAGGACAUAAAACCGAAAAAUCUCUCAGAAGAAUUGCAACAACUCGUAGCUGAGAGGAUCGACUACUGCACUGUUGACACAGCUUACGAAGCUGUCGACACCGUGGAAGGGAGUGGAGACUCCGAGCUUUUGGCCCACUGGUGGGAGACUGCCAACUGUCCUUACGAUGAAGAACUCGACGAGAUCGACUCCAAGCUCAUGAUGACGUGCUCCCUCCUGGAUAUCCUGUGCGAAAUACUCGCAGGAAUUAAGAGCUCCAGCACCAUCAGGCAAGAGGCUGUCGUUAGGUGGAUAAAAUUGUUCUUCGGGAGCUGCAUUGAGGGCGUCAUCCAGGACUGGUUGAGGGGCGUCUCCGAGGUUUUAAAAUUAGAAAUUGAUGAGGACGAGAGAGAGGAGGGGGAUGAUAAUCUGGAGGAGAGGGUUGUCGAUGAGGUGGUGGGGAAGGCCUGUGGCGAUCUCAAGAUCGUCUUCGGAGAGGGGGAAUUCAAGACCAUGGUGGGGUUCUUUAUUAAAUCUUUUACGUGCAAAAAAGUGAAUUGUGACGUUGCCCUUCAGGUGCUCGAUGUCGCAGCCUCAGAACUACUCGCUGUCUGCAGGGAAGAGGCGGCUAAAGGGUGAGGGGAGAAGUACCUGAUGUUGUUCAGAAAUUAUUAUUAUUAAGGGUUUCAGUUGAUUUAAGAGGUAUCAAUUUUUGUACUUGCACUGAGAGAUAAUUUAAUGUAGUUGAAUUUUUGUGGAUGUUUAGGGAUUUUUUUUCACAUACUGAACUACGGAAAUUCGUACGGGAGAGACGGGCAAAAUGAAACAGUCAAUAAACGGCUGUUUAACGCAAUUCAUGCAAAAAAAAUUUUGCGUCAAACAGUCGUUUUUUUGAUUGUUUCAUUUUGCCCCAUUCUCCCCUAAUUGACUGUAAAUUCUUGAGAGAGAAUGAGUGUUUAAUGGAUUUCAAUUGUUUUUAUUUCUUAAUGAACGAUUAGAAGAAUACUGUGGAGUUGAUUUUAUUUCUUGUUUCUCGUAGAAUUGUUUUUCUAAGAGAUUUAUAUUUUUUAAUGAGUUGAAAUUAUGAGUAUAUUAUGGAUAAUAAUUCUUGCGAAUGUAUUAAUAAUCCAUAUCAAUGAAAUAGUAUAUUGUGUUACUAGUGCGUAAAGUUCCACUUUUUCACACGCACGUGUAACACAUUCUAUUUUUUG